UAUGAAUUCUAGAGUUGAAAAAAUGAGGCCACAGACACCAACCAACCAAGCAAGAUCCAAUCUCUGGCAAAUGCGACGCAGACAAUGAUGCAGCUACCUACCAUACCGGUACGCAGCAAAACAAUUGAUCAUGGCUACCACAACCAACGACGAGAAUGGCCAGUUCAGCAAAGGAUCGGCCCCAUAUCCACGAGUUGUAUCGCUACUGCCGAGCAUCACAGAGCUCGUAGCUUCCCUCGAUGCGGCCGAGCACAUUGUGGGCAUUACCCAUGAGUGCGAUUAUCCUCCGGCUGUCAUGGAUCGCAAACCCCAAGUGGUAACAUCCAGCGACAUUUCUCCUUAUUCCAUGACACAGGAAGAGAUUCACGAGGCUGUCUGUGGGUCACUCAAGAAGGGGCAUUCACUGUAUGGCUUGAACGCGGACGUUCUAAAGCAAGCUCAGCCGGAUAUUAUCUUUACCCAACAACUCUGUGAUGUUUGCGCCGUGUCAUAUCCUGUGGUGCUAGAGACUUGUGCCAGUCUAGUGGGAGGUCCUGGGGGCAAAGGCAAUCAAGAUGCUGAUUCACCGUCCUCAUCAAUAUCUUUUAAUCCCAAGAUUAUCUCUAUGGAACCCUCCAAUUUAGCCGAUGUCUUUACGACUGUCCGUGUGGCGGGCAAUGCCAUGGGGCCUGCAUUUCUGGAGCGGGCUGAGACUCAAGUAACCAAGUGGCAAUCCGACCUGGAUAGAAUUCAAGAGACGGUCCAACAAUUGGCCCCCGACAGUCACCCACGGGUUGCCUUUUUAGAAUGGCAUGCUCCCAUUUUUUGUGGCGGGCAUUGGAUUGCCGACAUGAUGAAAGUGGCCGGGGCUCAAUAUGACAUGUGUGCGUCGGGGGCACGGUCGGUUGCCUGGAAAGACCAAGAUCUUUCCACUUUGGAUCCGGAUUACAUCUUGAUUGGUCCCUGCGGAUUCUCUCUGCAACAAUCCGUGGCGGAUACCAGAAGGUUGCUCUACGGCGAGGAGGAAAAGAAUAGUAAUACCUGCAAUGAUGGCAAUGACGAUGAGGAAGAUACCGAAAAGAAGCAAAAGCAGGAACAGAGAACCAUCUGGUGGAAGUCCUUGCGAGCCGUGAAGAAUGGCAAUGUCUUUUGCCUCGAUGGCAAUAGCUAUUACGCUCGCCCCGGACCUCGUCUCAUCCAAGGCGCCGGAAUUAUUGCUGCAUGCAUUCACGGACCGGAAGUCGCCCAAGCCCUGGGGGAGAAACUGGCGCCAUCCAAGGGAUAUCAAAAAAUGGGUACACUACAUGUACAAGAGUAGAUAUGAGCGAGCUACGGUUGCUAGUAAAGUUGUCUGAU